AUGGAUAAUGCAGUUAAUUAUCCAUCUUGUAUAAAAAUUCCAUCUACAAAUUCAAAACAAAAUAUGACAAGUACGAUAUAUUCUCAGAGAUUUGAUCUGAAGGAAGCACUAACUCUGAAUAAUAAUUUAAUAUUAUUAGCAAAUCGAAUAUUUGGUGAAGGAAAAUGGAAUCAUAGUGUUACCAAUCAGACAAUAGAUUUUAUUGAAACUUUCAUGGGUAAAUACGUUUGUGGAUGUGUGACAUUUGUUAAGAUUCAAUUACAAAAUGGAACAUUUCAUGAAGAUAUGGGAUAUUGUUAUACAGAAGCAAAUAUGAAAGGUUUAUCAAUACAUUGUGCAAGGAUUGGUUCUCUUACAGAUGCUUUUAAAAAGGUAUUAUCAUGUUUUGGAAAUGAAAUAGGAACUGAAAUUCAAAAACUAUCAAAGAAGUUAUUAAAUUCACAUGUGUCCAAUAAUCAAAAGAAAGGUUCUUCAUUACUUAACGUUCCAACUGAGAUAUUAGAACCAUGUGCUCAAUCAGUUCCAUUUAUUACUUGUAAAAGUGAUGAAGAGAAACAAAAGACAGACAGUAUAUUGCAACCUAGAAGUCCAGUUGACCAAAAGGAGCAAAUAUCUAUAUCAGAAAUAAUAACGAAGUCAAAGAGUCCUAGUGCACAAAAAGAGCAAUCUGUAUCACCCAAAUCAACUGAUACAAAAAAUCAUUUACAGCUCAAUAGUAUAAAUCAUUGCAAAGAACAUGAUAAAAAUCAAACAGACCAAAAUAAAAAACAAGUAUUAACCGAGGAAAAUUUUUUACGCAUGGAACGGAAACGAAAACAAAUGGAAAAACAAGCAGAAUACAAAAGACUAAUGAAAGAGAAAGAACAAAAAUCUGUCGGAAAUAAACAACUCAAUCAAAAAUAA